AUGAGUGGUCGGGCCCGCGUGAGAGCACGAGGCAUCGCCCGCAGCCCUAGGGCCCUGGAGUCUACAUCUGUUGAUCUUUGUGACAGCAACACAUCCUCUAGUAGUGGCUAUAUGGGAACAAGCAGAACUUCACAGACAGAUAAAGAUGAUACAUCUUCUGGUGAUGUUGGAUGUACUUUCAUGGGAAGAGAUGGGACAAUCAGACGGCACUUCAUGGAUCUGGGUGUCUGUACCAGAGAGAAUUUGGCACAUGUGAGGGAUUGCAAAACAGGUUCUAGUGGAAUACCGGUGAAACUGGUCACAAAUCUCUUUAAUUUAGAUUUACCUCAGAACUGGCAACUGUAUCAGUACCGUGUGACAUAUAAUCCAGAUUUAGAAUCUAGAAGACUGAGAAUUGCUUUGCUUUACAGUCAUAGUGAACUUUUCAACAAAGCAAAAGUGUUUGAUGGUGCAAUCCUUUUUCUGUCACAAAAGCUAGAAGAAAAGGUCACAGAAUUGUCAGGUGAAACUCAGAGAGGCGAGAAGGUGAAGAUCACUAUCACUCUGACGAGGGAGCUGCCAUCAAGCUCACCCGUGUGCAUCCAGGUUUUCAAUAUCAUCUUUAAAAAGAUCUUAAAAAAGUUGUCCAUGUACCAAAUUGGACGGAACUACUAUAAUCCUUCAGCUCCAGUGGAAAUUCUCCAGCACAAAUUGUCCCUUUGGCCUGGAUUUGCCAUUUCUGUUUCACAGUUUGAAAGCAGGCUGCUGCUUAGUGCUGAUGUGUGUUAUAAAGUCCUCCGGAAUGAGACUGUUCUGGAACUCAUGACUGGUCUCUAUCACAGGACUGGCAUGUCCUCCUUCACCCAGGCAUGUGAGAAAGAGCUGUUGGGACUUAUUGUCCUCACAAGAUACAAUAACAAAACCUAUCGCAUUGAUGACAUUGACUGGUCCGUGAGGCCCACACACACCUUUCAAAAGCGAGAUGGGACUGAGAUCACCUAUGUGGAUUAUUAUAAGCAGCAAUAUGACAUUACUUUAUCUGACCUAAAACAACCUGUGCUUGUUAGUCUGUUGAAAAGCAAGAGAAAUGACAAUACUGAGACCCGGAUUGCCCACCUGAUACCUGAACUCUGCUUUCUAACAGGGCUAACUAGCCAGGCAGUCUCUGAUUUCCAUAUGAUGAAGGCUCUGGCUGAAGUCACACGCCUCAGUCCUUUGAGCAGACAGCAGCGGCUGGCCAGGCUUGCUGACGAUAUUCAGAGAAACAAGAAUGCACGUUUCGAGCUGGAGACCUGGGGGCUGCAUUUGGGAUGCCAGACGUCUCUGACUGGCCGUGUGCUGCCUUUAGAAAAACUAUUAAUGCAAGACCAAGUAUGUCAACCAGAGUCUGCUGCCGAUUGGUCCAAGGAUAUGCGAACUUGCAAGAUUUUAAAUGCACCAUCUUUGAAUAAAUGGUUGCUUAUAUAUAGUAACAGAGCUGAAAAUGUGACCGAGAGCUUUCUGAGCUGCUUGAGAAGAGUUGGAAGUCCCAUGGGAUUUAAUGUGGACUACCCUAAAAUCAUAAAAGUACAAGAAACUGCAGCUGCAUUUCUGAGAGCUAUACAGGAACAUGUUGAUCCUGAUGUUCAGCUGGUGAUGUGCAUUCUGUCCUCUAAUCAGAAGAGCUACUAUGAUUCCAUUAAAAAGUACUUGAGCUCGGACUGCCCAGUACCGAGCCAGUGUGUGCUUACUCGGACUCUGAAUAAACAUGGAAUGAUGAUGAGUAUUGCCACCAAAAUUGCCAUGCAGGUGACCUGUAAACUCGGAGGCGAGCUGUGGGCUGUGGAGAUACCUUUAAAGUCCCUGAUGGUGGUUGGUAUUGAUGUCUGUAAAGAUACUCUGAACAAGAGGAUGGCAGUGGUUGGAUUUGUGGCCAGCAUUAACCCCGGAAUUACCAGGUGGUAUUCCCGCUGUAUCCUUCAGAGAACAACUGAUGUUGCAGAUUGCUUAAAAGUUUUCAUGAUUGGAGCCCUCAACAAAUGGUACAAGUACAACCAUGGUUUGCCAGCACGGAUAAUUGUGUACCGGGAUGGUGUGGGGGAUGGUCAGCUGAAAACACUUGUUGAAUUUGAAGUUCCGCAGCUGCUGAGCAGUGUGGCAGAAUCCAGCUCAGAUACCAGCUCCAAACUGUCAGUAAUUGUGGUAAGGAAGAAAUGCAUGCCACGGUUUUUUACGGAAGUGAACCAUACUUUGCAGAACCCACCACUUGGCACUGUAGUCGAUUCAGAAGCAACCCGUCCUGAUUGGUAUGACUUUUACUUGAUCAGCCAGGUGGCACAUCGGGGAACUGUUAACCCUACCUACUAUAAUGUCAUUUAUGAUGACAAUGGCUUGAAGCCAGACCAUAUGCAGAGACUUACAUUUAAACUGUGCCACCUGUAUUACAAUUGGCCGGGCUUAAUCAGUAUCCCAGCCCCUUGCCAGUAUGCACACAAGCUGACCUUUCUGGUGGCACAAAGCAUUCAUAAAGAACCAAGCUUGGAAUUAGCCAAUUCUCUCUUCUACCUGUGA